AUGCCCACCUAUGACAACCCUAUGCCUCAUCCCAACCAUAUGCCUACUUCCACAUCAGACCCAAUAACUCGACGAAAAUUCACCCGGUACCUUCGAUCUCUGAAAUACGACCUACUCAAUUCUCAAGAAGUUCGAACAGAAGACAACAACGUAAUAGAAUCUUUAAAUAUGGAAUUACAAGCUAAAGAUUCAAUAUGGACUCAACACGUUGGCAUCGUUAGUUUUAAUCCUAACAUUCGCAUUUCACCAAUAUUUAUCAUGCUUAACAAACAUGCAGUUUUUAAAACAUUUUACAUCGAUAUCAUUGAAUUGCCUUUAUUGAAAGAUGAAACUGAUGUCGCACACUUUACUAAAUACUCCAACUUCUUGAUAACAGGAGAUUUUAAUUACCAUCACUAUACAACAUAUCGAUCCUCAAAUUCGCAAUGUCCUCACCCGAUUAGAUCCUGGAAACAGACUCUCAACCAACACCUCUAUGACUGCAUCAAUUCAGAUGACAUAACAGAGACGUAUUCAGUGGCAAAUCCACAUAUCACUUUUAGUCGGGGCAAUUCACGUACUACAACUGAUUACAUUUUUGCAUCGCUAGCAAUUAAAGCAAGUAUGACCAAAUCUGGUGUCGAUUUUAUCAACCCGGACUGGACAGACCACGCCUUAAUCUCUAUUGAUCUAGUAUUAGUGAGUAAAAAACAUGGGAAAGGAAUCUAUAGAGCAAAUCCGGCAUUGGCCAAGAAUAAGCGUUUCGUUGAGCAACUGUCCACGUUGCUUCAAGAAUUGAAACCAGAUACAGCAAAUAGCCCCCACAACUCCCCUCAGCUUGAAUGGGACUCUAUGAAGAGAAAAGUGCGACAGUUCUGUGAGCGCUUUUGUCGUAUUUGGACGUCUAAGGAAGAAGUUCAGGAAAUUAUCAACGAUGUCCAAGAUGCAGAUGUCGAAAUGAGUGAGGUUGACUCCAUGGAGGAAGGUACCCCGGAACCUGAGGCUGAAGAAGAAGAAGUCAAAUCUACAGGAACUGUCCAUCCCCCUGCCCCAACUGUUACCAUGGCUAAAAAAGCAGUCAACAUUUUUAGUACUCCCCGUAAGGCUGUAAAAACGCCCGAAACGAUGAUGUCUUUGACCGAUCGCAUCCUUAAGUAUCGAGUCACUCGUGACGCUUAUCGCUCGAGAAUGAUGGCUUUAAUGGAUGUUGAGCCGGCUACCAGUAUCAUUGAAAAUGAGAUUAAUGAGUACCAGCGUAAACUGGAUCUCAUGAUUAAGCGUAUUGAAUCUCUGGAGGCCAGUAUGAGCCCUAAGAGUGAAGAUAAGCUUGACUAUCGUAAUGAUCUUGUAAAGGCUCCUGUCAUGAUCCUGUUACAUCUUAUGCCCCAAAUAUGCAAUAUGAGUAACCAGCUUUCAGACUCAAUAAUUAUCAUUGAUCUGUCAGCUCUUUAA